AGGCUCUGGGGUUGCCAAGGCAACGGGGGGCGGGGCCAGGGGGGCCUGGCGGCGGCGGCGGGAGCGCGAUCAGGUCCCGGUGUCUGUCCCGGUGUCUGUCCCGGUCCCGGCGCGAUGCAGCUGCGGCACGUGCGGACGCUGCUGGCCCCGCAGGACGGGCCGGCGCGGGUGACCUGCAUGGCCUGGUCCGCCAGCAGCGCCCGGUUCGCCGUGUGCACCGCGGAGCGGGUGGUGCUGCUGUACGACGAGCAGGGCGAGCGGCGCGACAAGUUCUCCACCAAGCCCGCGGACGCCAGGUACGGCAGGAAGAGCUACGCGGUCAGGGGCAUGGCCUUCUCCCCGGACUCCACCAAAAUCGCCAUCGGCCAGACCGACAACAUCGUCUACGUGUACCGGAUCGGGGAGGAGUGGGGUGACAAGAAGGUGAUAUGCAACAAGUUCAUCCAAACGAGUGCCGUGACCUGCUUGUCGUGGCCGGCGGAGAAUAUCAUCGUCUUUGGGCUUGCUGAGGGAAAGGUCCGUUUAGCCAACACAAAGAACAACAAGUCUUCUACCAUCUAUGGGACGGACUCCUACGUGGUGUCGCUGACUUCCAAUGUGUCGGGGAAGGGAAUCCUGUCUGGCCAUGCGGAUGGAAGCAUAGUACGCUUCUUCUUUGAUGAUGAGGGCUCAGGUGAAUCACAGGGCAAGUUGGUGGUGCAUCCCUGUCCUCCCUACGCCCUUGCCUGGGCUUCCAACAGCAUCGUGGCUGCGGGCUGCGAUAAGAAGAUCGUAGCGUACGGGAAGGAGGGCAACGUGAUUCAAACCUUUGACUACAGCCGGGACUCGUCGGAGAAGGAAUUCACCACAGCAGCUGCCAGUCCUGGUGGCCAGUCUGUCGUCAUCGGCAGCUACGAUAGGUUACGGGUGUUGAACUGGAGCCCCCGCCGCAGUGCCUGGGAGGAGGGCAAGCCCAAAGAAAUCACCCACCUGUACACCAUCACGGCUUUGGCGUGGAAGAGGGACGGGUCGCGGAUCUGCGCGGGCACUCUGUGCGGAGGAGUUGAACAGUUCGACUGCUGCCUUCGCAGAAGCGUUUACAAAAAUAAAUUUGAGAUGAUGUAUGUGGGACCAAGCCAGGUCAUUGUGAAGAACCUCUCCACAGGAGCUCGAGUUGUGCUGAAAUCCCAGUACGGGUAUGAGAUCGAUGAGGUGAAGAUCUUGGGGAAAGACCGAUAUCUGGUGGCCCAUACCUCAGACACGUUGCUGCUGGGUGACAUCGGCUCCAACAGGCUCAGUGAGGUGGCCUGGCAAGGAUCUGGAGGGAAUGAGAAGUUCUUCUUCGACAAUGAGAGUGUCUGCAUGAUCUUCAAUGCUGGAGAGCUGACGCUGGUGGAAUAUGGAAGCAAUGACAUCCUGGGGUCUGUCCGCACAGAGUUCAUGAGCCCUCAUCUUGUCAGUGUCCGUAUCAAUGAGAGACGGCAGAGAGGCAUGGAGGAGAACAAGAGACUGGCUUAUCUGAUAGACAUCAAGACUAUAGCAACAGUGGACCUCGUUGGUGGCUACAACGCUGGCACCAUCAGCCACGACAGCAAGAUCGACUGGCUGGAGCUGAACGAAACAGGCCACAAACUGCUCUUCAGGGACAAGAAGAUGCGGCUGCAGCUCUACGACAUCGAAAGCAGCACCAAGACCACCAUCCUGAACUAUUGCUCCUACGUGCAGUGGGUCCCGGGCAGCGACGUGGUGGUGGCUCAGAACAGAAACAACCUCUGCAUUUGGUACAACAUCGAUGCUCCCGAGCGAGUCACCAUGUUUCCUCUGAAGGGGGAUAUUGUAGACUUGGAGCGGAAUGAUGGAAAGACUGAAGUGAUAGUAUCUGAAGGGGUGAACACUGUGUCCUACACCCUGGACGAAGGCCUCAUAGAGUUCGGAACUGCCAUUGACGAUGGGGAUUAUCACAGGGCCACUGCGUUUCUGGAGACCCUGGAGAUGUCCACAGAGACCGAGGCCAUGUGGAAGACUCUGAGCAGGCUGGCGUUGGAAGCCAGGCAGCUGCACAUUGCAGAGAGGUGCUUUGCAGCUCUGGGCAACAUGGCAAAGGCUCGAUUUCUGCAUGAAACCAAUACCAUUGCUGAUCAGGCAGCUCAAGAGCAUGGAGGGGACGGCACAGACCAUUACCUGGUGCGUGCCCGCUUGGCCAUGCUGGACAAGAACUACAAGCUGGCGGAGAUGAUCUUCCUGGAACAGAACGCCACGGAGGAGGCCAUGGACAUGUACCAGGAGCUGCACAUGUGGGAUGAAUGCAUUAUGGUUGCCGAGGCCAAGGGACACCCGAUGCUGGACAAGCUGCGUCGGGGCUACUACGAGUGGCUGCUGGAUACCCAGCAGGAAGAGAAGGCUGGGGAGGUCCAGGAGGGACAGGGCGACUACCUGGCAGCCAUCAACUUAUACCUGCGGGCAGGGCUGCCGGCGAGAGCAGCGCGGCUGGCCAUGGGCCGGGAUGAGCUCCUGACCCACGGGGAUGUCACCAACAGGGUCUCCGUGGCGCUGGUCAGAGCGGAGCUGUACGAGCAGGCUGGAGACCUGUUUGAGAAGGUCGGGAACCCACGGAAGGCUCUGGAGUGCUAUUGCAAGGGCAGUGCCUUCCUGAAAGCGGUGGAGCUGGCUCGCCUGGCGUUUCCCGCAGAAGUCGUGACGCUGGAGGAGGCCUGGGGAGACCACCUGGUGCAGCAGAAACAGCUGGAUGCUGCUAUUAACCAUUACAUCGAAGCCAGGUGCUCGAUUAAGGCCAUUGAGGCAGCCUUGGGAGCCCGGCAGUGGAAGAAGGCCAUCUACAUUUUGGACUUGCAGGACAGACAGACAGCAGCCAAAUAUUACCUCAGGAUUGCCCAGCACUAUGCGGCUCUACAGGAGUAUCAGGCUGCGGAGGAGCUGUACGUCAAAGCAGACCAGACCAAGGACGCCAUCGACAUGUACACGCAGGCCGGGCUCUGGGAGCAGGCUCACAAGCUGGCAAUCAAGUGUAUGAGUCGGGAAGAUGUGUCUGUGCUCUAUAUAACCCAGGCCCAGGAGAUGGAGAAGCAGGGCAAGUACAAAGAAGCCGAGAGGCUGUACAUCACUGUGAAUGAACCCGAUCGGGCCAUCUCCAUGUACAAGCAGUAUAAGAUGUAUGAUGAGAUGGUUUCCCUAGUGACCAAGUACCGCAAGGAAUUACUGGGCGAUACCCACCAGCACCUGGCCAAGACGCUGGAGGCAGAGGGGUGCCUGCAGGAAGCUGAGUACCACUACCUGGAAGCCAAGGACUGGAAGGCCGCAGUAAACAUGUACCGAGUGAACGACAUGUGGGAAGAUGCUUACAGGGUGGCCAAGGCACACGGGGGAGCAAAUUCCUAUAAGCAAGUGGCCUACAUGUGGGCAAAGAGCCUGGGUGGAGAGGCGGCUGUGAAACUCCUCAGUAAGUUCGGACUUCUGGAGAUGGCCAUCGACCAUGCAGCAGACAACGGGAUCUUUGAAUUUGCUUUUGAGCUGGCCCGCCUCUCCAUGAAGCAGAAGAUGCCAGAGAUCCACUUAAAGUACGCCAUGUUCCUCGAAGAUGAGGGCAAAUUCGAAGAGGCUGAAGCAGAAUUCAUUAAAGCUGGGAAACCCAAGGAGGCAGUGCUGAUGUUUGUGCAUAACCAGAACUGGGAUGCUGCACAGCGCGUUGCUGAGGCUCACGACCCAGACAGCGUGGCCGAUGUCCUUGUGGGACAAGCGCGUUUUGCCUUUGAGCAGAGGGAGUUCCAGAAAGCAGAGGCCUUUCUCCUGCGCGCACAGAGACCGGAGCUGGCCAUAAAAUACUACAAGGAGGCUGGCAUGUGGAGCGAGGCCCUGCGGAUCUGCAAGGAAUACGUGCCCAGUCGGCUGGAAGAGCUGCAGGAGGAGUGCGGCAGGGAGGCUGCCAAGAAGGGCUCCAGAGGAACAGAGGGGCUGCUGGAGCAGGCGCAGGAGUGGGAGCAGGCGGGGGAGCACGCCCGGGCGGUGGACUGCUACCUGAAGGUGCGGGAUCCCAGCAACGCUGUCCUGAUGGAGAAGUGCUUGCUGAAGGCUGCUGAGUUGGCCAUUAAAUUCCUGGGCCAGUCACAGAGCGUGGACGUGACGCGGACCGUGGCUCCUCAGCUGGUGGCCAUGAAGAAAUACAGUGCGGCAGCCGAACUCUACCUCAGCCUGGACCUCAUCCGAGAAGCUAUCGACGCCUUCAUUGAAGGGGAGGAGUGGAGCAAAGCCAAGCGUGUGGCCAGGGAGCUGGACCCCCAGUCAGAGGAGUAUGUGGACCAGCGUUACAAGGAGUAUUUAAAGAACCAAGGCAAGGUGGACUCGCUGGUGGGCAUAGACGUCGUGGCUGCCCUGGACCUGUACGUGCAGCAGGAGCAGUGGGAGAAGUGCCUGGAGGUUGCGGCUCAGCAGGCUUGUCUGGUGAUACAAACGGUCCUUGUUGCAGUUGUUGUUGUCUUGGAGGCUUCCGUGCUGAUGUUCUAAUUGUCGGGACACACCGGUGUUGAUCUUCCAUAAUGUAUAUCUUCACGCUUAAUGGUAAAGGCUUACGCAGUUUGUCAGCCAGGCCCAACCCUGCUGCACUUGGUUCCAGGCGUUGUUAGUCUGUUCGUGUCUCUAAGGCACUGGCACAACCUUGCUCCGUGACCAGUGCAGAAUGUAAUGACUUUUGACUUGGCUGUUCUACAGUGAUUAUACAGGAAAAAAAGUUACGUUUGAUCACAGAAUCCCAGGUUGGAUGGGACCACAAGGAUCGCCUGGCCCAACCUUUCUUGGCACAGCCUGGUCUAGACAAGCUGGCCCGGCCCUGUCCAGCUGAACGCUGAAAGUGUCAGUGUUGGCCAACUCGCUGGUUCCCUGGGGAGAUUUUUCCAGUGGCUGACUGUGCUCAUCACGAACAGUUUCCCUCUUGUGUCCGAUCGGAAUGUCCCCACGAGUAAAUUGUACUCACCACCCUUUGUAUUUUCCACGUGACUCCUUGUACAAAGGGAUCUCCAGCUGCUUUGCAGCCACCCUUUAAAUGCUGGAGCGUGGUGGUGAGCUGUCCCCAAAGCCCUCUCUUCUCAAGGCCGAACAGGCCCCGCUCUCUCAGCCUUUCCUCACACAGGGCUGCCCCAUCCCCAUCGUCUGUGUGUCCUUCUCUGGCCCCGUCCGGCCUGGCCACAGCUGGUGGUGCAGCGGGGACCAGAACUGAACACAGUCCUCCAGGUGCGGCCUGACCAGCGCUGACUAGAGCAGGGUAACGAGGUCUUUGUCUCUAGAGAUGCCCUUGCUGAUGCAGCCCCGUGGCCCGGUGGCCCCAGCAGCCACUGGUCACUCGCUGAGCUGCUUGUCCCCCAGGUCCCCGCGCAGAGCUGACCCGGCCGGGAGACCCAGCCUGUGCUGCAGCCUGGACUGCGCGUUCCAGACGCCAGACCUUGCGCUGGUCCUUGUGGGACUUCGUAAGGUUCUUGUUAGCCCAGAACAGGCCACGCACCAGACCCAGUGUUUGUCCCAAACCUGAUGUCUCACCGGCACCCACAGCUGGGUGUUCAAUUUCUAGACAGAUCACUGGGACACUGGUCUCUCUUGUGCUUAAUAAGCUUGUUUCCAUUGCUUAUUUUUUGACGGGAUUGUACAUUUUACACCAUCUUCUUCAUUUCGUUACUAUAUUUAAGCCUGUGUGAAACAGGUCUGUCCUCCGUUGGAUUUCUGCAAGUCCUCAGCAGAGGGUUUAUAGAUCAGGACAGGUGGGAGCAGCUCUCCGAGGAGGCUCCAGUCCCAGAGGUCUGACAGCAUUUGAAUAAUGGACUAGAGCAACCCUGCAAGUGAUGAGCGUCUUCAGGCCACAAAGUGUUUUGAUUCAUCCUUUCGCUAGACCAAGAGCUGGUUUACACUUGGACACGCUGCGUCCUUCAGGCGUUUGGCAGUGUUCCUUCGGCAAGUGGCGAACAGCUGAAAACAGCUUUGUUUCCGUGUGUGGAAGGGUAGGCACAGCAUCAGCUAGGCAGGAUUAGAGGUGUCCAGAGGGGCCCAAAUCAAACCCCGGGUCUGCUGUGCGGUGUGUCUCUGAUUACCUGAUUACCCUUUGGGACUCGGGCGUACGGGUGUGUGUACACGCGUCUGAAACCACCCCUGCCGAGUGACAUUGUUCAGUUCAUGAGUCUCAUGGUGCUGCUUUCUGUGUGCCC